AUGCUAGGACUUUUGUUUUUCCAUAGAGAUGAUGAUGAUGCAAUUGAAUACUGUGAAGUUGAAGAAUGUAAAGAUUAUGUUCAAUCUGUCUGUAAUCACUGUCAACAAAAUCUGUGUGAACUACAUUUAAACGAACAUCGACGAUUAAUACAAACACAACUCGAUUUAUUGGCUAAUAAAAUCAAUGAUGUAUCUCAAGAAAUGAAUUCUCGAACAUUGGAACAAUUAGCUAAAAAACCAUUCGAAGAUUUAGAACAAUGGAAAAGUGAAUCUUAUCAUCGAAUUGAACAAAAAUAUGAGGAAAAGUGCCGAGAAGUCGAAGUACUUGUAGAACAAAGUCCACGUGCAUCUAGAUCAUCAAGUGGACAUUCAUUGUUGGUUGAAUGUGGUCUAAAAUUAUGUUUAUAUGAUCAAAGAUUGAAUUCGACAGAAAUUUUAUGGAAUUGGGGUUUGAUUAGUGAUAUCUGCUGGUGUGAACAAUUGCAUUUGUUUAUUAUUGUUACAGUGGUAAAUGUUUACAUAUUUGACGAAACAAAAUUGAUAAUAGAUCAGAUUGAAACAAUUCAACCAUAUAAAGCAGAAAAAAAGUUUUGGGGUUGUACGUGUACCGAUCAAGAUUUGUUUAUAUCCUAUAAAGGUUGUGAUACACGUAUAGAUCAAUAUGCUUUAACAAAAAGUUAUUAUUUUAUUCAACAAUGGAAACAUUUAUGUUCACGACGUGGGAUUAUUCGAGACAUGCGUUGUACUCUCGAUAAAAAACAAUUAUGUCUAUUAGUUUCUACUGAAAAUGAUUGGCGUCUAGAUGUGAGAAAUUCAGGGACGAUGGAAUUUAUAUGGUCAAGAUUCUUGCUAAUAAAUUUAGAUGCUCGAUGUAGAUUAUCGAUGUUACCAAACAGUGAAUCUCUGAUUAUAAACUGGAAUGAAAACAGAAUUUUUCGUAUUAAUGGUAAUAGUACGCUUGUAGAAAAAAAAGAUUAUAAAACCAAUUAUUUAGUUAGAAAUAUCGAGGUGGUUGGAUUUGCAUAUCUUGUUGUUUAUACAAGCACUGGAUUGUAUAUAUAUGAAAUUUAA